GAAAAAGUCCCCGGGACCUCUUGAAAAGUGAUCAUCUGUUUACUGACCUUUGCGUGCAUCUAUUCCUCCUACACCAAGUCCAUCCAGUUUCCCGCUGAAUCUCUCCAAUCAAGUCAAGAUGACUACCGCACUCAAGAGCAUCCGAUCCCUUGUCCCUCUUCUCGACCGCGUUCUAGUGCAGCGAAUCAAGGCUGAGUCGCGGACAGCUGCUGGUAUCUACCUCCCGGAAAGCAGCGUCAAGGAGUUGAACGAAGCAAAGGUGCUAGCCGUCGGACCCGGUGGAUUCGACAAAGAUGGCAAGAGAAUGGCAAUGAGCGUCCAGGAGGGUGACAAGGUUUUGAUCCCUCAGUAUGGUGGAAGCCCGGUGAAAGUGGGAGAGGAGGAGUACCAUCUGUUCCGGGAUCAUGAGCUUCUCGCAAAGAUCAACGAAUAAACGCGCCUGCGAUACCUCCCCGUUUCCGAGUCCUGCUCCUGAGACAAGUACAAAUCGCUGCUCGACGAGCAUCGAAAGCAUGGACUCAUCAUCUGUACACCAUGUAUCAUCAUCGCAGUACUCCUGCGUGUCAACACCAAGCUUGCGACCGUGCGAAAUGGGGCAGUGCUGAAGAAAAUUUCCAAUUCCAGCAUGAGCAAAAAGCGCCGGGAGUCUGUUGUGCAUCUUUGCAUAUACCUUGUGUAGAUUUGAUGGAGUACCAAUCUAUUUGCCUUCUCCGCUCA